GCGGCGCGCGGCGUGCGGCUGGCUCCCUCCCGCGACGCGCCCCGCCCGGUCGUUUGCGGGCGCGCGCUCCUCCUCGGACGGGUGGGCGCCGGGGUCGGGAGGCUCCGAGCGAAAGUCGAUUGGCUGACGUAGCGGCCGCGCGUCGGGCCUCAGAAACUCUGGGCAAGCGCCGAGAGUCGGCUCUCCCGGCAGCGCCGGGCGCAUCUCAGGUGCCAAAGAACCUACUAUUCUGGCUCUAUUUGAAACUAAGUCCAGUAUUUGACAUUUUUUGGACCAUCUAGCUGAUGUGAAUUUGAGUUGCAGACCUUUGAAAGGCCUGGCUUGUGGUGAAAAUUUCUUAAGGAUCCUUUUUCCUGCUCUGAUCAAUACCACGGAGGAUUUCCCUGUAGUCUUCUAAGUGGGAGUGAUGGGUCUCCUCACCUCAACUCUUAUGUCCUUUCUUCACUGGUUAUAAUUGCCUGUGUAUUCUUUGUUACACCUAUUCAAGCAUGUAUGCAUAUACCACUUCCUUUGAAGAUUAAAAACAACUUGAAGGAAUGAGGUUAGGAAUCUGUGAUGGAGAAGGUCUUAAUUUAACAGAUGCUGAUGUGCUAAUCCAAAAGUAAAUGAGGAACUUAGAAAAAGAUUGCCAACUCCAGAUCAACAUAUUUAGAGAAAAUUGGAAAAGGAGAAGCUUACUACAGCCUUAUUUGAGGACUUUUUAAAAGAACACAGAGUUCUAGCUGUGAGCUUCAAAUCUUGGAGUAAAAACCAGAGACAUUGCCAGAGCAAACAAGAACAGAAGUACAAAUGGAGGACUGGUCAAAAGAGAUAGGCCACUAUUAUCUGGAACAAGAGACUACAGGAAGUAAUAUAAGUACAGAGCCAGAUGAACAACCAACUGUGAAUUCUAAGGAAGACAUCCAUCAGAAAUCCAAUGAAUUAGUUAAUGAAGCCACCCAUGAGGACACAGAACUGCCAGGGCAGAAAUCAAGGAAUUUUCUUUAUCCAGGUGAUGAGACAGCUGACUGUACUGCUAAAAAAUCCAACAUUAUGGAACAUAGAGAUAAUGAUUUGCAUCGUGAGUGUAUGAUCCCUUGUCGAGUUACUUCAGAUUUAGAUAAGAAGAAAAUAGCAUUUCUUCUAAAAGAAUUGGACUUUCUUAGAGCAAGCAAUAAAAAGCUUCAAGAAAAAUUGACUAAAGAAGAUAAAGAACAGAGAAAACUAAAGCUUAAGCUGGAACUCCAGGAGAAAGCAACAGAAGCUCAAAUUGCUGAAAAGACAGCAGCUCUGAUUGAAGAAGUAUAUUUUGCACAGAAGGAACGUGAUGAUGCCAUUAUGUCUCGACUGCGAUUAGCCAAUGAGGAGAGAGAUGAAGCAAUUGCACGAGCCAAGCAUAUGGAAAUGUCUCUAAAAGUGCUAGAAAAUAUUAACCCUGAAGAAAAUGACAUGACAUUACAGGAAUUACUGAACAGAAUAAACAAUGCAGACACAGGAAUAGCUAUUCAGAGGAAUGGAGCUGUAAUUGUGGAUAGAAUCUACAAGACCAAGGAAUGUAAAAAGAGAAUAACUGCAGAAGAAAUGAAUGCAGUGAUAGAAGAGCGGGAUGCUGCUUUGUCUCAGUGCAAACGGCUAGAGCAGGAGCUUCAUCAUCUGAAAGAGCAGAACCAGACUUCAGCAAACAACAUGAGACAUCUGACUGCUGAAAACAAUCAAGAACGUGCUCUGAAGGCAAAGUUGUUGGCUAUGCAACAAGCCAGAGAGACUGCAAUUCAACAGUACAAAAAACUAGAAGAAGAAAUCCAAACACUUCGAGUUUACUACAGUUUACACAAAUCUUUAUCCCAAGAAGAAAACCUGAAGGAUCAGUUUAACCAUACACUUAGUACUUACGAAGAAGCUUUAAAAAGUAGAGAGAACAUUGUCUCCAUCACUCAACAACAGAAUGAGGAACUGGCUACCCAACUACAGCAAGCUCUGACAGAUCGAGCAAACAUGGAAUUAGAGCUUCAGCAUGCCAUGGAGGCCUCCCAAGCAGCCAAUGACAAAGUUCAGAAGUUGGAAAGGCUAGUGGACGUCCUGAGGAAGAAGGUUGGAACAGGGACCAUGAGGACAGUGAUCUGACUGAAAAAACGACAGUCUGGGGAAGCAAUCACAUCUGGUGACCAGGCUGCUUCAUUCAACACUGUGUAAACACUAAAGCCUUAACUUAGCAAACAGUUGUUAGAAGUGGGACACUCCAACCACAUUCCAAGCUGAGAUAAAAUCAAAUCACAAAUGUUUAACCACUUUGCUGCUGACUUGAGUUAUUUAUCCAAAUGUAUUAACUACAGACUUUUACCAAUGAGUAGCUAUAAAGUUGCAGCUUAUUUUGUAACUAUUUUAUAUCUCACUGUAUUUAAUAUAAAUCUUUUUACCGAGAGACCGUUAUAGGUCAUAUCUUCACAUAAGGCCCUUUCUGAGUCAAAAUACAGCAAAGUAAAUAUUGUCUAAACCUUAAUCCACUGUGUUAGGUCAAAACUUCAAAUACAUGCAUUUUUCAAUAUAGAAUUUAUUUCUUAACUGAUGAGAGAAGCUCAGACAUGAGGGGGUACAUAGUCUUCCUCCAAUGCAUACACAUAAUCUUUGUUAGUAUUAAAGAAUAUUAAGUAUAAAUACCAAGAAUUAAAUAUAUAAUUUGCUCCAAUAAGAGUUUGGUACAUUAAAAUUAUAUUUUGUUUCACUUCAUGAUUUUUGUUUCACUACAAAUAAUGCAAACAAUUUUCAAUAAAAAAGAUAUUGUUCAUGUGUACUUCUAAA